UUGUUUUGGUAGCCUGGUGGGUAGAAGCGUUGGGCCAUUAACAGAAAUGUUGCUGGAUUGAAUCCCAGAGCUGACAAGGUUCAAAUCUGUCGUUCUGCCCCCGAGCAAGGCAGUUAACCUCCAACAAAAACUACCGAUGAUGUGGAUGUCUACCAACAUAUUUUAACAAGGGUGUCAAGAGUUUUUCAAUAUGUCGUGGAUAAGGGAAGGUGAAUUGAACCUCAUUGAGAAGCUCUCAGCCAACAUACUGAAGGCUGGCCCGAUGCCCAAACAUGUGGCCUUUAUCAUGGAUGGCAACCGGCGCUAUGCCCGUAAGCGUCAUGUGGAGCGCCAAGAGGGACACACACAGGGUUUUGACAAACUGGCAGAGACACUACGCUGGUGCCUGAACCUGAGCAUCCAUGAGGUCACUGUGUACGCCUUCAGCAUCGAGAACUUCAAGCGGUCUAAAGACGAGGUGGACGGCCUGAUGGAGCUGGCCAAGCAGAAGUUCAUCAGACUUCUACAAGAACAGGAGAAUCUGGAGAAGCAUGGGGUGUGUAUUCGGGUGUUGGGAGACCUGACUCUACUGCCUCUGGACCUGCAGCAGCACAUAGCCCGGGCUGUGGUGGCCACCAGGACUCAUAACAAAUGCUUUCUGAACGUGUGCUUUGCCUACACCUCAAGACAUGAAAUCGCUAAUGCCGUCAGAGAGAUGGCUUGGGGCGUGGAGCAGGGACUUAUCAAAUCCAGUGAUGUGUCGGAGGCCCUGCUGGGUCAUUGUCUGUACAGCAGUAACUCCCCCAAUCCUGAUCUGCUCAUUCGCACGUCUGGAGAGGUGCGACUCAGUGACUUCCUGCUGUGGCAGACGUCCCACUCCUGCUUAGUGUUCCAGUCAGUCCUGUGGCCAGAGUACUCCUUCUGGAAUCUGUGUGAUGCCAUUCUGCAGUAUCAGCUCAAUCACAGACCUCUUCAGAAAGCCAGAGAUCAACACAGAGAGGGACAGGCUCUACAGCAGCAUGAGGCAGACCGGGCCUGUGUUGCAGACCUCCUACAGCACCACGGCAAUGGAAAGCCCCUGGAUGCCCAGAGGAGACAGGAAGCACUGCUCAACUACACUGCCAGCCGAGAGGAACGGGUUCAGGACUUCCUUGGUGCACUCCAGCACAAGAGAGACUCCUUCCUCACUGACUUAUCCAGCCAAGCUGCUCUGGCAUGAAGAGGGGAACACAAUGCUCCCCAUCUUGAAUUGGGGGAGCAAUCACAUCUCUCCAUCUCUUCCCGAAAGGGCUGAGUGGUUUGAAACUUCUUAUUUUGUACGAGUAAUUUUACCCCUAUGGGGCUAUAUGUGGGAUAUUUAUGUGUGUAUUCUAAGUCUGAUCAAAGUCUAAUAAAAAGAUAAGUCUGGUAAAGAGCUAAUGAUUCUAUAAGUUCUAUAAAAUCUGUCCAUCAAAUGGAUUCCAUGGAUAUUCUCUUUGGAUUGAUAUUCACAAUGGAAUCAGAGUACUCACUCCCAGAGGAGAUACACAUCGGAGACCACCAUUUACCACAGCACCAGCUACACUACAUGACUAAAAGUAUGUGGACACCUGAUCGUUGAACAUCUCAUUCCCCAACUUUGCUGCAGUAACAGCUUCCACUCUUCUGGGAAGGCUUUCCACUAGAUGUUGGAACAUUGCUGCAUGUAUUUGCUUCCAUUCAGCCACAAGAGCAUUAGUGAGGUUGGGUACUGAUGUUGGGCGAUUCGGCCUGGCAGGCAGUUGGCGUUCGAUGGGGUUACGGUGAGUGCUUUGUACAGUCAAGUUAUUCCACACUGAUCUCGACAAACCAUUUCUGUAUGGACCUCCGCUUUGUGCACGGGGGCAUUGUCAUGCUGAAACAGGAAAGAGGCUUCCCCCAAACUGUUGCCACAAAGUUGGAAGCACAGACUCGUUUAGAAUGUCAUAUGCUGUGGUGUUAAGAUUUCCCUUCACUGGAACUAAGGGGCCUAGCCCGAACCAUGAAAAACUUCCCCAGACCAUUAUUUCUCCAAACUUUACAGUUGGCACAAUAUUUUGGGGCUGGUAACGUACUCCUGGCAUCUGCCAAACCCAGAUUUGUUCGUCCGACAGCCAGAUGGUGAAGUGUGAUUUGUCAGCCGUUGUUGCUCCUAGACGUUUCCACUUCACAAUAACAGCAGAUCAAUUGUUGUACAAUGUUGUAAGUCACUGAGCUCUUCAGUAAGGCCAUUCUACUGCCAGUGUUUGUCUAUGGUGAUUGUGUGGCUAUGUGCUCCAUUUUUAUACACCUGUUCGCAAUGGUUGUGACUGAAAUAGCCAAAAUCUAUUUUGAAGGAGUGUCCACGUACUUUUGUAUAUAUAGUGUAUGUGUGCUGGACUGGUCAAGUAACAUUUUCAAAGCAUGUUUUGUGCAAUAACUUUUAUGGUCAUGGAUGCCCAUAUUUGACAUGUAAAACAUGAAAACUAUAUUUUUACAAGGUUUCUUUAUCUUGCAGAAUAAACGUGAUUAUGUGCAUUUAGUUUAAUGUACAUUAUGCUACUUAUAUUCAUAACAAAUUGUACAUCCAAAUGUAUUAUUUGUAACAUAGGUAACCUUUUAUAUUGUAUCUUGCUUGGAUCAUUGACGGGGUGAUGUACACUGCAGGCAUAAAGUUUCUAAACACAGAGGCACAACAUCGCGAGACUGCUGGGAACGCUUGCGAAGCAGAUCAAGCCGACAAGGUCGGGGUUUGGUGUUAUAGAAGUCAAUGACAGAAGUUAAACAUAAUUCCUUGGUUGUUAAUUUUCUCGAAAUAUAGGCACAACCCAAUGUAUUAAGUAGUUGAGCAUGUUAUUACUCCAACUUCGUGAAAUUGACCAACUGACACAACUGAAUGGAAGGGGUACCUUUGAUUUGAUUGCCUGCAAAUGCGCAGUUCCGCGCGAGACGAACCUUAGACCCGAUUACGUGUUUCGGCGCCUGAGUUUAGCUAGCCGCGGUCGCCUACAAGCGUGAUUGGGGAUUUUUAUUGGAGAAACAGUUUAUCCAUAUCUUCAUACUGUACUGUCUUUCCUGCAGUCUGCAGAUCCUGCAGAAACCACGCCACCUCGUUUACAGCGGUGGUAUUUUCUAUGCACUCUCUCUUUAAGAAUAUGGAGACGCCCACAAACACGUGAUUUGUUUUCAUCCAAUGUCUGACUUCAAAAUAUAAAAACUGGUUCAAACCGGUUUCUAUCUUAUAUUUUACAUUCGGUCAUUAUUUUACAUUCACCAUUGUUGCAUUGCUAACGUGGCUAGAAGAGCUUAGUGAGACCCAACAACUUCCAUAAAAUAAAAUAGGAAUUGUGUAGCAAUUCCCGAACAAUCAUCAAUAUGCCUAAAAGAAAGAGUGCUACCAAGGGCGAUGAGCCUGCAAGACGUUCCGCACGUUUGUCAUCUAGACCUGUGCCAAAACCAGCUGCCAAACCCAAAAAAGCGGCAGCACCGAAAAAGGCAGUCAAGGGAAAGAAGGCCGCUGAGAACGGUGAUGCCAAGGCUGAGGCGAAAGUUGAGGCCGCUGGAGACGCCAAAUGAAGAACUGUUUGAAGUUGUGAUCAUUCUGUGUACUUGGUGACUGUACAGUUUAAAAUAAGUAUUUUUUACCAAGUUUUUUUAUAUUAAAAGAUAUCAUUUAUAGUUCAUUGUGGGCUUACAUUUGAGGUAAUGAAGCUGUUCCAAGGGGUUCUCAUGUUCAUAUCCAUUUUUAUGCAUUGUUUAAAUGAAUACCGUCCAUAUCCUGUCCAAGUAUAAAAAAACACAAAAAAAUACCCUUCUAAACCUGUUUUUAACUGCUGAAUGUUAUUUUCCUACAUAAAUCCAAACAUUAAAGGCAGCUAAAGUGUGUUUCUAAAAUGUUAAGAGGAAUAGGGUUUUUGCCACUCCUUUUAAGUUUUUUAAUAUUAAUUACUUACCAAAUGUUUUGAAUCAACAUCAGCUCUUCUCAUUCAGGAGACAUAAGACAGUUUGAAAGUAAUCACUAACUUGUAUUAGGUCAACACACAAUCACCACACAAAAUUAAUAAUGUGAACUUAAUCAUUUGUUCUAUUGUUUAUUUUAUUAAAUUGUUCUGUAAAAACAGUGGAAAGAGCUAUUGUGACUCCUAUGAAAUUUAAAUGUUCUUGAAUAAAAUGAUUAAAAGGC